AUGGCUUCUUCACAUAUUCGAAGUGGUUAUAAUGUAAGUACAGAUUGGUUAUAUGAAGGAGAGACAGUUGUUUUUGAGGAAAAUAAUAUUGGAGUAUUAAUACCAAAACAAAAAAUUUAUGGAUAUGUUAUAGUAACAAAUUAUAGAAUUCAAUUUGAAUAUGAUAAUAAAUUUUUAUUUGAGAUACCAUUAGGUUGUAUUUGGAAAAUAGAAGAAAUAAAAAAUCCAUUAAAUGAAGAAAAUUUAAAAACUGAAUCAUCAUAUGUAUCAAUUUUAUGUAAAGAUGUUAGAGUUAUACAAUUUUAUUUUGAUGAUGUUUCACGAUUAGUUAAAAAAAAUUUCUUAAACACUAUUUCAAAAUCAUUACUACUUAAUAUAUAUGAAUUGUCACAUUUUGCUUUUAACUAUAGAAAUAAAUUUAACAAUAAUGGUUGGAAUUUAUAUGAUCCUAUCAAAGAGUAUGAACGUCUUGGUAUUCCAAAUCAACUAUGGAUGUUAUCUGAUGUUAAUAGAAAUUAUUCUAUUUGUAGUUCUUAUCCAGAUAUUCUUUGUAUACCAAGAGAUGCUGCAAACAAAGGCAUUGACUAUAUAAAAAGUGUUUCUGAAGGUCGUGUUAAUGGUAGAUUACCUGUUUUAUCAUGGUAUGAUAAAAAUAAAAAGUCUGCAAUACUAAGGAGCUCUCAACCAUGUACAUUAGACAAAAAUCAAAAAGGAAUUGAUGAAAAAUAUUUAGAUUUUGUCAUAUCAGCAAAUGAAAAUUCACAUAAAUUACCAAUUUUAGAUCUUCGAACUUUAUUAAAUGCUGAAGCUAGUCAACUUCAAGGUAGAUGUUAUGAAGCUGCUUAUAAUAAUUGUCCAUUAGAAUUUUUAAAUUUAAGUAACAUUCAUUUAGUUAGAGAAAGUUUUCGGAAAGUAAUAAAUGCAUGUUUUCCUAUCUGUGAUCAAAAAAAUUGGCUUAAAAUUUUAGCUGAAACAAGGUGGUUGUUUAACAUACAAUUAAUUUUAAAUGCUACAACAAGAGUUAUUAUUGAAGUUAGUGAAAGACAAAAUAGUGUUUUAUUACAUUGUGAUGAUGGAGUUGAUAGAACAACACAAGUUAUAUCAUUAGCGAUGGUAAUGUUAGAUCCAUACUAUAGAACAAUUAGAGGUUUUUUAACUUUAAUUGAAAAAGAAUGGAUUUCUUUUGGAUAUCCAUUUAAUACAAGAAAUGGUAAUCAAAAAAAUAAAGAAUAUGAUUUUUCACCUAUUUUUCUUCAAUGGAUUGAUUGUAUAUGGCAAGUUUAUAAUUUUGUACCAGACUAUUUUGAAUCAAUCUUACGCAAACAAGUUUGGAAAUUUUAUUACAAAUAA